UCCGCCUCUUUUUCCGAGCAUUGAAUUACAGAUAACAAAUACUGUCUUGCUAGUCAUUUCAUUCAAACCUGUAGUCGGAAGUAGCCUGUGGUAAAUGCAGAUGACAGCAUCUGAAUGACAAACACAAAAAACUAUAUUUAAAUAAGUGACAUGUCCGCUGCGGAAUCAACGACCUCUCCAGCCGACACUGGCUCCGCGGCUGGGCUCGGAGCGCAGUUCCCCGUUGGCUAUCAAACAUUUCGGCCGGAGGAUCAUGGCCUAGACCGUGGGUUUCGUCUUACGGCCUUCUCUGAUAUGAAGGGAUGAGGCUGUAAGGUCCCUCAGGAGACUCUGCUCAAACUCCUGCAGGGACUGGAGCCUGAUCGCCCGGCGCCGGUGACGGGGGAAGACGGGGGCACUGGCACAGUUGGUGGAGACGAGGCCUCUGAAUAUGGGCAACUUGCCCCGGUUCCGCACGGCCCCCGGCUAGGUAUUGGGAUGGAUUCGUGUGUGAUCCCUCUUAGGCAUGGGGGUCUCUCUUUGGUCCAGACCACCGAUUUCUUCUACCCUCUGGUGGAGGACCCUUACAUGAUGGGCCGCAUUGCCUGUGCCAAUGUCCUGAGCGACCUGUACGCCAUGGGCAUCACUGAGUGCGACAACAUGCUCAUGCUGCUGAGCGUCAGUCAGAAGAUGAACGACAAGGAGCGGGAGAAGGCGAUGCCGCUGAUGAUACAGGGCUUCCGGGACGCUGCCGAGGAGGGCGGGACCUCGGUCACGGGGGGGCAGACCGUCAUCAACCCCUGGAUCAUCAUCGGGGGCGUGGCCACCGUCGUGUGCCAGCCCAACGACUUCAUCAUGCCAGACAGUGCGGUCCCAGGUGACGUGCUGGUGCUCACCAAACCACUGGGAACUCAAGUGGCGGUCAACGCCCAUCAGUGGCUGGACAAUCCUGAUAAAUGGAAUAAAAUCAAGCUGGUGGUGUCGAAGGAGGAGGUCGAGCAGGCAUAUCAGGAAGCCAUGCUGAAUAUGGCCACGCUGAAUAGGACAGCUGCCGCCCUCAUGCACACCUUCAACGCCCACGCCGCGACGGACAUCACGGGCUUCGGCAUCCUGGGCCACGCCCGCAACCUGGCCCAGCAGCAGCGGAGCGACGUGGCCUUCGUCAUCCACAACCUGCCCAUCCUGGCCAAGAUGACCGCCAUCAGCAAGGCCUGCGGGAACCUGUUCGGCCUGCUGCAGGGCACGUCCUCGGAAACCUCCGGCGGGCUGCUGAUCUGCUUGCCUCGGGAGCAGGCCGCGCGCUUCUGCGCGGAGAUGAAGUCCAGCCGGCUGGGCGGGGUGGGGCCGGAGGGCGGGGCCGGGGAGGGCCAGCAGGCCUGGAUCAUCGGCAUCGUGGAGAAGGGCAGCCGCUGCGCGCGCAUCAUCGACAAGCCGCGCAUCAUCGAGGUCCCGCCGCGCGGCUCCGUCAGCGGCUGCGGCCAGGAGGGCGGCGGCGGCAACAACAACGCCGCCAACAGCACCGGCGUGCCCAGCCCCACGGAAACGCAGCCCCCCACCCCGCUCACCUGAGGCUCCGCCGCCGGGCUUCGCUGAGCCCUCCUCCUCUUCCUCCUCCUCCCCCCUAACGCCUUCUCCUCUUCCUCCCCCCUAAUGCCCCCUCCUACCCUUCGCUCGUUUCUCUGCUGUCUUUUUCUUUCCCUGCCUUGUCCUGUCCUUCUCCCUGCUUAUAGUUGAGCAGGUGUGUGUGGUUCGUGUGAGUGCAUUCCCCCCUCCCACCCAUCCCCCUCUUUCUUCCCCUCCUCUCUGCCUUUCCACCCCACCCCACUCAUCCCCCCAUCCCCUCUUUUUUCCUCCCCCCUCCUCUCUGCCGUCCAUUUCUCCUCCCUGUUCAGCCGCAGGGUUGAGAGCAUCAGACCAAAAAAUCCUUUCCUUUCCUCUCAGUGGGAGGGGGGAUGGACGGCAGGCCGCUUGCGUUAGCUUCCCCUUCCGUUUCGUCAUCUCGCCGCGUCUCUCGUUUGAUGGCCUUUUUUUCCUCUUUUUUUAAAUAAAAAAGCUCCACUUCUCUCCCAGGCUGUGAGUAGGCCAGAAUUGACCAGUGUAAAGUGAUAUUCGAUGGAGCUCGAUUGGUCUUCAACAGAGGGAAACGGAAUUGAUUUUGUACAAGGGAAAUAAACAUUCCAUACUUCCACAAGUCCGCUUCAUACACAAUAGAUAUAAAAAAAUGAAAAAAAAAAAUCCAUCUUUCAUCUUUAAAAAGCAAAUUUGACUCAUCUGUGAGAUUUGAGGGAAAUUUGCUAUGAAUGUGUUUUCAAAUUGGUGCAACAGUAAAGAAAAAAAUAUAUAUCAAAAAGGAAGAAAAAAAAACAUUAUCAGAAAGUCAUCUCUGUAUGAUCGCAUAUUUCAAAAAGGGUUUGUCUGUUUUGGGAACUGGAACAGACAUGGUGAUCUGUAGUGAAAAAUGGUUUCCCUACCGGUGUGGCCUGUGUACAUGUUUUUUUGGAAAUGUUCUUUAAAUUGGCAUCAGUUUUGAGACCCCCCACUUUAACGGUGCUUGCAAGUUAGCAACAUUCUGCCAGGAUGUGUUGGCACUUAAAAUAAAAGGGGGGUGUCCCAAGAUUUUCCUCAAGUGUUUUUUUUUUUUUUUUUGCAAGGUUGUUAGAAUGUCUGUUGUGUAUUCGGAUACCUAAUUUGCCUGUGAAUGGUAGUAGCCCCCCAAAGAAGAAUUGCUUCUUUACGGAGAGACAGUGACCAUUGCCAAUGACAAAAAAGGGGGCUUCUGAAUAAUUGAUGAUGGAUUGAUGAUGUUGGGGGAGGGGGGGGGGGGUAUUUAAUGAUGCUUAAAUUAAUGGACUAUGUGAACAGAUUGGCCUGUUAUUGUUUUUUCCCCUCUCAUUGUGUUAGAUUUUUAAAAAAAUCUUUUCAACAGUGAUGUUGCUUGUCCUUUUCUCUUUGGUUAAUUGACUAGCCACACAAAAUGCUGAGAGUACAAACCAGCUCCACCCUUGGCGUCAGAGAGAGGCUUGAGCAGCUCCCUCUGGACCAAUGGGGAGGAUCCGGGGUUUCUGGUCCUGUCAGCCGAUUGGCUGUAGUGGCCCAGAAAUCUCCUGCUUCCUUCUGCUUAUGAUGCUCCGUCCUUCAAACCCCAGUGGGGAUGGGCGGAGUUGAUGUUGCUGUGGAGAAGGGGGCAGGCCCCGGAGCGGUUUUGUCCAAUCAGCUGGCUACUUUGUUCAUUUUCAUUCUUCAGUCACUGUCAAUAAAAGAUGGAUGUAGAUUCUU